CAGCGUUCGCGGGCCCAGGCCGCCCGCCUCUACCCGAGCAGCGCGGCGGAGCAGCGGCGGGAGCCCCGGGAGAAGCAGCCGCAGUCGCGCGAGGCUCCCCCUCCACCCCCGCGCGCGCCCCUCGCCGCCCACCCGGGGCUCCGUGUAUGGGGACGCGGCUCGCCAGCCUCCGUUGAGACCGUCCCCCGGGUACGGUGGCCUCGGGCUCCAGAGCCCGCCCCGCCACCCGAGGGCUGCGCGCGGCCCCGGGCCUGCUCGCUGCGCGGCUCUGCGCGUCCCGGGCCAGGAAGUGGCGGCGCUGAGCGCCAUGGCCCACUCCCCGGUGCAGUCGGGCCUUCCGGGCAUGCAGUGGGAGGAACCUGAGUGUGCUGCCCGGGCAAGGAGCCAGUAGACAGGGAUAGCUGGAAGGAGAGCUGCCCAGAGGGUUCCUGGUGAAGCUUUGCACAGAGAUGGAUUCCAGAGUCCCGAGAUUAGCGUCAGCCUUGAAGAAAAGGAAGGCCACUCCCCUGCACCCUGGAGGGAAGGAGAACCUCAAAGCGGACCCAGAGGAGCUUUUUACCAAGCUGGAGAAAAUUGGAAAGGGCUCUUUCGGUGAGGUGUUCAAAGGCAUUGACAAUCGGACUCAGAAAGUGGUUGCCAUAAAGAUCAUUGAUCUGGAAGAAGCUGAAGAUGAGAUAGAGGACAUUCAACAAGAGAUCACAGUGCUGAGUCAGUGUGACAGCCCAUACGUAACCAAAUACUAUGGAUCCUAUCUGAAGGACACUAAAUUAUGGAUAAUAAUGGAAUAUCUUGGUGGAGGCUCUGCCCUGGAUCUAUUAGAACCUGGCCCUUUAGAUGAAAUUCAGAUUGCUACCAUAUUACGAGAAAUUCUGAAAGGACUUGAUUAUCUACACUCAGAGAAGAAAAUCCACAGAGAUAUUAAAGCAGCCAAUGUUCUGCUCUCUGAACAUGGAGAAGUGAAGCUGGCUGACUUUGGAGUAGCUGGCCAGCUGACCGACACCCAGAUAAAAAGGAACACCUUCGUGGGCACUCCCUUCUGGAUGGCGCCUGAGGUCAUCAAGCAGUCAGCUUAUGACUCAAAGGCAGACAUCUGGUCCCUCGGCAUCACAGCAAUAGAACUGGCCAAAGGAGAGCCCCCGCAUUCCGAGCUGCACCCCAUGAAGGUGUUAUUCCUCAUCCCAAAGAACAACCCUCCCACACUGGAAGGAAACUACAGCAAACCCCUCAAGGAGUUUGUGGAGGCCUGUUUGAAUAAGGAGCCGAGCUUUAGACCCACUGCUAAGGAGCUGUUGAAGCACAAGUUCAUCAUCCGCAACGCGAAGAAGACAUCCUACUUGACGGAGCUCAUCGACCGGUACAAGAGGUGGAAGGCAGAGCAGAGCCAUGACGACUCCAGCUCAGAGGACUCGGACGUGGAAACAGAUGGCCAGGCAUCUGGAGGCAGCGACUCUGGGGACUGGAUCUUCACAAUCCGGGAGAAAGAUCCCAAGAAUCUGGAGAAUGGAACUCUUCAGCCAUCAGAUUUGGAAAGAAAUAAGGUGAAGGACAUCCCAAAGAGGCCUUUCUCUCAGUGUUUAUCCACCAUUAUUUCCCCUCUGUUUGCGGAGCUGAAAGAGAAGAGCCAGGCAUGUGGAGGAAACUUGGGGUCAAUAGAAGAGCUUCGGGGAGCCAUCUACUUGGCGGAAGAGGCCUGCCCUGGGAUCUCUGACACCAUGGUGGCUCAGCUCGUGCAGCGGCUGCAGAGACUCUCCUCUGCAGCUGUAUGAGGCCAGAAACGCCUGUCACACAGUCUGAAAUCACACUGAAGAAAAUCAUCUUGUCUCCAGCCCUCCAGGAAUUUGGUAACUCGGGGAGCCUGUUCCCAGCACUGCUGGUGCCUGGUGAUGGGAAGACUCACCGCAGAGUCUGGAUGGCCAUGACCUCUAACCCCCCCCCACCCCCCCCCUUCUCACUUGGGUGUGUUUUCAUCAAUGUGCCAGAAUGUUGUAUUGCCUCAGUACCAUGCCUGGUGGGUGUCCUAUCCCCUUUCCCACCCACCAGUACCCCCCUUCUUCCCACCACACAAAGACAAGACAAAGCUGUUGGUUUUGCCUUCAGACUUUCGUGUGCUGGAUUGUGGCAUGAGGUAUUUUAUUCCCUUUUGUUAGUAUUUAGAACCAUCUGGUACAUUGUAAGGCAAAUGAUUGACACAUCUCACUCCUUGUCCAUCUGUGAGUCAUGGACACAGCCACAGCCCCUAGACUCGGGGGGGGGGGGGUCUGCUCCUGGGAUGCAGGGCACUGGGUGAGGACUGUGCUGAUCUGGCCAGCUUGCAUUGUAGAGGGCUCUGUGCAUGAAGGGAAUGGAAGCCACCCAGUCACCCUAGGGAACAGGCAAACAGUUUUCCACUGGGAGGCUCAGGUUGUGUUUGGCAGCCAGGUUCCCAGAAGACUCUGUACAGGACGUGGGCUGUCCUCCUGUCCGUACCCCAUGCCCAGAAGGAAUGAGUAUAGAAGGAAAGACUUGAAGACAGGCACCAUAAGAGACUACUAGAGAGUGUGCAGGUUCAAACCAUGGCGUCAGGAGGAACUGGGUCCAGUUACCAGGGCUGGGACUACGUACCAUGACCAUACAAUGCUUCUCCGGGAAGCUCACUCAACGCCCCAUAACGUAACAGCACAAAUGGCCCCGGUCAACAACAUACAGCUUCUCAUGCUUGUGAAACAGACAGGAAAACAUCACAGCCUAAGAGCCCCCACUGUACACACCACGCACGGACAGUGACGCCCAGGUAUUGCACUGGAAAUCCGCUUUUCUUAACAGAAAACCCCACUACAGUUUGUAAAUAGGAAUCACAAACAAUUUGGUCAGCUUCCACCAAGAAAAUGGGUCUGGUAACCAGGUCUCCCUGGAGCCAGACCCCUCUGUGGAAUGGAGUGCACCACAAUUGCUCAUUAGUCAAGGAAAGUGAGUCCUACCAACGUCCUAUUAUUAUAAAAGUAGAAAGAUUGGAAAAGAAAUGAAAUCCGAAAAUGAUCUCAUUUGCUUAAGACUGCGCCAUGUGUUGUAGACACUGGAAAAAAAAUCCAUUCUGGAAAAUAGCAGUCCACAGGUGAAAGACCACGCAACCCUUCCCUAGGAAGAGAAAGCGCACUUGUGUCUCAGGUGAACGGAUGCGUGGGCCCUGCCCUGGGGUGCGCCUGCAGGGCAAAGACUGUCAUUUGGCACUCUUGAUGACAACAUCUCAAUACUGGCACAAGCUAAAGCGCCCCAUGAGAAUGGCAAGACAAGCCCUCCCAUCCCUAGGCCUGGAGGGGAAAGACUGCUGAAGGAGAGAUCAGUAUUGGAGAAGACAAGGUUUGGAGAAAAGCCUGUGGAGGGAGGUGGGCGGGAGCUCUGCACAUCUGUGCUCAGACUGGUGUGGAUUUCGCUAGGCUUCCUUGUAUCUCCCAAGAGAGCAGCCAUGGCUGGAACAGCCAGUGUGUCCAGCCAUCAGUACAGGUGAGAUUCUUUGUGACUCAGGAUGUGGGCCCGGGAGGCUGAGCUGGUAGCACUUCGUAUGACUUCCAUCCACCUAAACAACGGAGGGGACAUUUUACCUUGGGUGUCUAUAUGCCUAUGUUAGUUUAUGCUAAUGUUUGAGAACCAUAGCACACUCUACAUGAGGCAAUUCCAAGGGCCGUGUAGGGCUACAGUCCCACAUGACACACCAAGUCUGGGCACUGCUAGUUGUCACAGUUGGGGGUGUUACUGACACCAGCUCCCAGGGUUUAUCCCAAGUGACUCUGUUCAACAUGUCUUGGUGUAUAUAUGAAGGAGGCCACUGCUCUUAGGAUUCAGCAUGGUAAGGCUCUACACCUUCUAGUUGGUGAUGUAGACUGAGAAUCACUGCCUUCUGGGCCCAUCUGCAAGCAUUACUAGGGUCUCCUGGUGGAUCUAGAAAUGCUUUGGGCCAGGGAAGAAACAAGCAGCAAGGCCAGAAGAGAACUUGCUCCCAAGGUGGGGAGCUGGCACGCUGGGGCCCCUGGUGGUGCUAGGGGAUGCUCUGACAUGUGUUCACGUCCGGUCAUCUGGCCACCUGCUUCACUGCUGACUUCUGGCUGGACAACGACCACUGCACCAACGCUCAGCUCACUAGGUCCACUGGGAUUGCGUGUGUACCAGCUUCCUGGCAUAACGUGCACACGGUAGGGGACCCGGCCGUGUUGGCACGUGCUCACCACGUGUGGUAAGGACUGACGUCACUGAGG